UCAGUUUUGAUCUCAUUCCCAAGUGAGAGGUUUUGAGAUCUGUCAAGAUGGACAUAUGUUGCAAAGAUAUAAUCAGUAAUCUUCCAGAAGCUCUGAUUUGCCACAUAUUAUCGUUUCUUCCCAUAAGAGUAGCUGCUUUAACAUCGCUUCUCUCCAAGAGAUGGCGGUAUCUCUUUGCUUUCGUACCAAAUCUUGAUUUCGAUGAUUCGGGAUGCAGGCCCCAUGAAUUGGCUCGUAUGAUUUUUAUGAAUUUCGUGGAUAGAGUAUUGGUUUUGCAGGGCAACUCUGCAAUAGAUAGGUUCUCACUCAAGUGUAACAACGAUUAUAAUUAUCCAAGUCGCAUCUCUAGUUGGAUAUCAAAUGUGAUAGAACGUGGGGUAUCGGAUCUUGACUUAAGCGGUACUAACAUUUCCGAUCAUUCCAUGCAUUCAAGUGUCUUUGUGAGCAAGUCACUUGUUAGGCUGAGAAUAGAAACUCUAUAUUGUAACGUCAUUGAUGUUUUUCUUCCAAAGAUUAAGACUCUGCAUCUCGAUUCUGUUGUUUUUGGGGACGGUGAUAGUUGCCUCGUCAAGCUCAUCUCUGGCUGUCAUGUCCUUGAGGAGUUAGUUAUGAUUGAUCUAAAUUGGGGUGCUUAUUGGAAGCGCUCUGUGUCUUCCAAAACCCUCGAGAGGCUAACGGUACGUUAUGAAAACUGGGAUAGGAGUCUGGAUAGUGUUUCAUUUGAUACGCCCAAUCUCGUCUACUUUGGAUACUCCGACUAUCUUGCCAACAAGUACGUAAUAGUUAAUUUCGACUCACUUGUUGAAGCUAGUAUCGGUAUUCAAAUGACACGUGAUCAGUGUGCACAUGCAAGCCAUGGAGAUUUGGUCGUCAAUGCAACUGAACUUUUUAUGGGGAUAAGCAAUGUUCAGAUCCUUAACGUAUCUGCCGACACUCUUCAGGUACUUGCUUUCUAUUGUGAACCAAAACCGGUUUUUAAAAACCUGAUUCACUUGACUGUUGAGACUCACCAGGACUUCAGAUGGGAGUCAUUGCCGGCUCUACUCAACAACUGUCCGAAUCUAGAAACCCUCGUCUUCGACGGACUCCAUGACAAAAACACAGUUAAAUGUGUGGACGCUGACAGGUGGCUAUGGAGAUCUUCAGAGGACAUCCGUAGUUGCCUAUCAUCAAGUCCGGUGAAGGUUUUGAAGAUACUCAACUUUGGCGAGGUUCGUUUUUACAGUAAAGAAAUGGAAAAGCGAAAGGAGCUGGUCAAGUAUUUCCUGGAGACAAUGCCGAAUCUUGAACAAAUGAUACUGUGCUACAGAAGUCGAAUUGAUGAAGAUUUGAAAAGCCAACUUGAGAGGCUAGCUCCUAGAGGAGCUUCACCCAAGUGCAGUGUCCAACUAAUCUUAGAGAACGUCAUCCCACCAACUUAUAACCUUUUCUCUUUGUUCUAGUUUUUAGCACAAAACCAUUUUAUUUCUAGACAAACGUUUUGUUUUAAUUAUUUAGUUUCAUUGUACUA